UCGAUCCGCGACGCAGUCAUGGCGAGCAGCAGCAGCAGCAAGUCGGCGUGGAAGGCGAUGGUCGCCUUCGGCCUGCUCGCCCUGGCUCACGCAGCCUUCUCUGCUGCGCAGCAUCGCUCGUACACAAGGUUAACGGAGCAGGAGAACGAAAGCCUGCCUUCCGACAUUGUGCUGCAGACGCUGCUGGGGCUGCUGGUGGCGGUGUACGGCGUGGUGAACAUCGCCGGAGAGUUCCGUGACAUGGACGCCACCGCCGAGCUCAAGUACAAAACUUUUGAGAACAUGAGCAAUCGGCCGUCCUUCUACACGUUCAACCACCGCGGGCGGGCGCUGUUCGGCCAGCCCGAGAUCCCCGAGACCGUGAGGGCGGCCGAAAUCCCCAACCUGCAGCGGCGACUCAAGUGACGCGACGGCGCUUGCGCACGAUGCAGAAAUUCGCAGAAGCAACCGACCAACUUCCUUGGACAAACUUUACAUUGUUUUUUUUUGUUGGCAAGAUAAGAGUUUAGCUCCCCGUGAGGUUUUAACCCAGAUGUUUAUAUUUAAAUGUUCGUCGUCGUUAGAAAGUUUUUAUGUUUCUCGGCUUCUAUUUUUGGUUGCCCCUUGCAUGCCUAAUGCAGUGAAAAGGAAUUAAUAAUUGGUGUGAUAUUUCGGUUUUCCUAACCAUUAAACAUCAUGUUUGAGUGGGGAAUCUUUUCAUUGCCGAGGGCCAACUAGGACUUAAUUACCGAGGGUCAAACAUGAGAACUUUACGUAUUCAUUGCCUUUUUAGGCUCUUAUCCACUUCAAAUUCGUCCUAGAAACACAUUUUUCAUUAGGUUAAAACAUUCCCCGCUCGUACCCUAUUUUCGUGCAUCUAGGAUGCUUGCAUAGAUGGAUUAUAAUGUUUCUUUGCCGGCUGCUUGGAAGUGGUAGGGGGCCCCAUGUAGCUGCAGGCCGUGUGGAAAAAAAUCUGCAGGUAGUAUCCCCACCCCGUAACUGGAGCUCGCUUGGAUUUGGUUUGCAUGGUUCAUGGAAAGUACUGACGGGGAAGGGCUUUGACAAGUAUCGGAGAGGUGCGUGAACACCUGUACGUGUGUAUUCGCACGGAUCUCUUCUCAACUGGGAUGGAGUUGCAAUCCUAUGGACCUGCCAUUCAUAUAAUUAUAAAUGACACUAAUUUAUUCAAGAGAGGUCUCACCGAGUCUCAGGACUCUUUCUUUUGUUGAUGUGUUUGACAAUUGUCAUGAGUGUUUUGCCUGUGGGAUUGAGCGGUGGCACCAGGGUAAGUGCACUGCACUAUGAACUUUGUGGCCUCUGUUCGAUUCGCAGCCAUGGUUAACAUUCGUGGAAAGUGAUGCCAUAACCGGUCCUGGCCGACCGCUUCACCAACCAGCACUGCCCACAGUGGUCAAUUGUGGUCAACCGACAUGACCAACACUACGUGGGGAGGCCUUCAUCCAAUAGUCGAUUGACAGGGCUAUAAACUACGUGAACAAAAUGCUGAUGUUAGAUUUAAGCUCACGGAGCAAACCCAACUACAAACAAAACGGUGAGAUGCGAUACAAAUGUGACUAACAAUUGCAUGAAAUAAUCAAAUUGUAACAGUUUAUUAAAUUGCUAGGGGUGGUGAAUAUCUGUGCAAGUCGGUGAUAUCCUGUUCAAAUGAGCAUUGAGGCAGUGUAUCGAUGCUAAUCUCGUAUUUAUAACCCUGAGUGGGAGGUGUAAGUUCCACGUCCCUAUGUCCUGCCGGGGGUGAGGCUCUCCAUAAUGCAACUACUGUUGGCUACUUCAAACGUGGACCCUAGAGGGAUGAUUGGUCAAGUCGACCCACAGUGUUUAAACCCCUGCGAUCCGCACGCUCUACCGCCAAGCCACCCGGUGAAUCGGUUUACCAGAUGGCUCGCGCACUUGCGUGGACCAUCAAAAACCACCAUUGCUAAUGUUAAUACAAUUACCACUAACUCCUAAGUACCACGGUGUAAUGCGUUUGUAAAAAAAAGUUACAUUUCCAUGCAGAACGACCGUUAUGGUCGCACUGCUGCCCAGUACAAAGUGUGGCUGCUUUGCAUUUAUGCUGUUUUAUUCUUCAUUAAAGUGAAACGCCAAUGGGCAUUAAUUGGGUUUCUGUCCCCAAUGAAUGUCUGCCGUCGUUCCUUAUCAACAUAAAAGCCCCGUUAAAUCGGCACGCUUCGUAUGGAAAUGUUAGCGCUCACGAUUCUAAAGCCUCCAGCGACGAUUUGCAAGCCCAUCAUCCCAUCAUCUGAAUCGCGAUGACGAGAACGAAAAUAAUUGAGUGCUGUCUACCUGUUGGUUUUGUUAUCUUUUCAUUUUCGAGUGCCGUAUAUACGACGUGUUUAGUUUUGACGGGAACCGGCACACGUGGUGUUGCUGCUCCUUGUGUAAGGAUUCAUUUGUCCCUUAGUCCUUCUAUCCUCCUUGGAGGACACCCUCUCCUGCGUGUUCCUUCUCUUAACUGCCACUCUGUUUAGAAAUUGGCUCGUGUUCAGGUUCUUGGUGGAUUGUUACAUCACAUGACUGAGCGGUGGUGACGGACGGCUUGGGACCUCCGUCCAGAGUAGAUUAAUCGUGGCUGAUGAACAAACCCUUCUAUCCAAAGGCCAUGCAUGAACAUGCUGAUGAGAAUUCCUGCAUUUGCAUGUGUUCAGAUAUACAAAUUUGAAUAUACGUUUGCAUGUCUUUGUGGGCCUUGCUUCACCACUGGCCAUAAAAAAGUUUGACACCAUA